UUCAGGAUAGUAUCGAACUCCUUCGCCCUGAAGCGAUUGCCGGCCAUCGGUCAGUUAUAUUUGUUCGUCGCGAUCAACCGGUUCCAAACUGUCGAAUCAGUCAGUUUAAUCGUGUGAACAAAGGAAAGCGUUACAAUGUGUUAGAUAUUGUAUAAUGUGCAGGAUUGUACGAUACCAAUCAGUUAACGAAUCUGUGGAAUGGAGAACAAUCCGAGAAAGGACUCCUGCGGAAAGAACAACAAAAGCAUCAUCAAUGGGCUUAGUGUACGCAGCUCAGUGUUUGAAAAAUUUGUUUUCAUCGAUUCGUUUCACUGUAAAUCAAAUCGCCGCAUUCAUCAGCACACGUGAAACGAUUGACAAGUCUGCCAGUUGACUCGAAGAAAUUAACCAAUUAUGUGGGGUUAUGAAGAUAGAUCAAAACCAAAACAUUUCAGUUCGUUAUAGAAGUGACACACGUGCCGAGCUAAUCGCCUUUAUCCAGCUGCGUCAGACCGGGCGGAAGCAACUGAGACGGCUUCUGGACACGAGCCAAAUAUUUUCUCAAUUAAAAUUUCAAACUGUGGUUUGGAAGUGAAAUGUUCAAACUGCUGAUUUUUGUGUUAGUACGUACAAUAACCGCCGUGUAUCAUUAACUAGUUGAGAAUCUAAAUCUAUUUUUGAUGAAUAUUUUUGGACUUUGGUUUACCGAUAUCGAAAUAGAACUUGGACAUGACACUGUCGAUGAAUGAAAUCAAAUUGGGCACAUCGCCGUCUGAAUUGACGUUGUUGGCCGAGGAGGUAAAAAAAAGUCAAGCAAACGGAAUCGCCGUCACCGUUGCCCUUCCGAAUGUCCCGGUACGGGAGAAGUGGGGCAAAGGUGUAGAGUUUAUGCUAUCCUGCAUAGCCUACUCCGUUGGGUUCGGUAACAUUUGGAAGUUUCCGUACACUGCACUGCAAAAUGGAGGCGGAGCAUUUCUCAUCCCAUACCUGGUGGUCCUGUUUGUGAUUGGACGACCGAUCUACUAUCUGGAGAUGGUGAUGGGACAGUUUUGCAGCAGUGGUUGCGUGAAGAUCUACGAUCUGGCACCAAUAAUGAGAGGAGUUGGCAUUGGCCAAUCUCUGGCAAUGUUCGUUGUUAUGACCUACUACACACCGGUGUUGGCCAUCACGUUGCGUUAUCUGAUAGCGUCCUUCAAUACGGAGCUUCCUUGGAGCAAAUGCGAUACUUCCUGGAGUCGAUGCAUUGAUUCGGAUUAUCGAGGAUUCUUGAAUAGCAGCGAUCCAAAGCUGAGGACCCUGAAUGUAUCUGCGGAACUCUACUUUACGAAAACAGUCAUGCAUCGGGCUCCUCUGGAUCAGGGGAUCGGAAUUCCCGACGUUAAUCUGACCUUGUGUCUAUUAAUCUCUUGGAUAAUUGUUGCCAUUAUCUUGAUCAAAGGAAUUCGUAGCACCGGAAAGGCAGCCUACUUCCUAGCUCUGUUUCCGUACGUUAUCAUCUUGAUACUAUUCAUACACACUUGUACUCUGGAGGGAGCCAGUACGGGAAUCAUGUAUUUUCUCACGCCGAAAUGGGAUCAACUUUUCACGGCUCACGUUUGGAUGGAAGCGGUUACUCAGUGUUUUUUCUCGCUAUCGAUUUGCUUCGGUGGAAUCAUCGCUUAUUCAUCGUUCAAUCAUUUUUCCAACAACGUUUACAGAGAUGCCAUGAUCAUCUCUUGGCUGGACACACUAACAUCAAUCAUUAUAGGCUGCAUCGUGUUUGGAGUGUUGGGAAACCUUGCCCAUGUUACCCACAAAGGUAGCAUCCAGGACGUGGUUCGGCAGGGACCGGGAUUAACAUUCAUAGCCUACCCGGAUGCCAUCGCCAAGUUCGAGUACUUUCCACAGCUUUUCUCGAUCCUGUUCUUCUUGAUGUUGUUCAUAGUCGGCAUAGGAAGCAACUUAGGGGUCGUCACCAGCAUUAUUACCGCCAUCCGAGACAAGUGCCCAACGGUGCCUAACUGGAAAGUUGCCAGUGCGAUCAGCGUCAUCGGUUUCUGCCUUAGUACAAUCUAUAUGGCCCCAGGAGGGAUGGAUCUGUUGGAUGUGUUUGACAAUUAUGGUGCUAAGUAUGUUACACUCACGCUGGCACUCUUCGAACUGAUCACGUUCGCGUGGAUCUACGGAGUAGAUCGAAUUUGCCGAGAUAUUCAGUUCAUGCUUAACAUCGACACGAGCAAAUUUUGGCGGAUUUGCUGGGCGAUUGUAGCCCCAUCGGUUGUUGGUAUGAUUCUGAUUGGAUGCUUGGUUGACCAUGAACCGGUGGCGGUUCCGUUCGAGUACAAUGUUAUUGGUUGGUGUAUUUAUGGGCUUGCGGUGGUUCAGCUUCCACUUUGGGGUAUUUACGCGGUGUAUACCCAGAAGCACAAAGGAGUGAUCAGGAAAAUUCGACUGGCUUCUGAACCGUCGAAAAAUUGGGGUCCAGAAAAUGAUUCUACAAGGGGUUUGUAUAAAUUAUAUGUUGAGAAAAAUAAGGCACUGCUAGAUCACAAUGAAGAUACUAGUUUGUGGAAGGUUGUCUACAGGAGAAUUUUUAAGUAGAUAUUAAAUUUUUAGUAUUAUCAAAUUGUUGCAUUAGCUAUUUUAAUAACAAUGAUACGCUCGAAUUAAAAUUAAUAAAG